AUGGCAUCUUCAAUGGCACUAAGAAGGUUAGCCGCUGGCUCUACCUUCUCGAGGGCAGCCAGAUGCCAAGCCAGAACCUUCACUUCUACGCGCCCUGUUUCUCGGAUCAUCGCGAAUAACCCACUACGGGCCAAGGAAGCGCCGAUACAUGUUAGCAACAAAUACCCCGUUAUCGACCACGAAUACGAUGCCAUCGUCGUCGGUGCGGGCGGUUCCGGUUUACGGGCAGCCUUCGGUCUGGCGGAAGCUGGCUUCAACACGGCUUGUAUAUCGAAGCUCUUUCCUACGCGAAGUCAUACCGUCGCUGCACAGGGUGGUAUCAAUGCCGCCUUAGGAAACAUGCACGAGGAUGACUGGAGAUGGCACAUGUACGACACAGUAAAGGGUUCUGAUUGGCUUGGCGACCAAGAUGCUAUUCAUUACAUGACGAGAGAGGCACCCGCAUCCAUUAUCGAAUUGGAAAACUACGGUUGCCCGUUCUCGAGAACAGAAGAUGGAAAAAUCUACCAGCGUGCUUUCGGUGGUCAAUCGCAGAAGUUUGGCAAGGGUGGUCAGGCCUACCGUUGCUGCGCUGCUGCUGACCGAACGGGACACGCUCUCCUCCACACACUCUAUGGCCAAUCUCUACGACACAGCACUAACUACUUCAUUGAGUUCUUUGCUCUCGACCUGAUCAUGGAAGACGGAGAAUGCCGUGGUGUAUUGGCUUAUAACCAGGAGGAUGGUACCCUUCACAGAUUCCUUGCGCAGAACACUGUCCUAGCUACUGGUGGAUACGGACGAGCUUACUUUAGCUGCACAUCGGCACACACUUGUACUGGUGACGGUAUGGCUAUGGUUGCUCGCGCCGGUCUUCCCAACCAGGAUCUUGAAUUCGUUCAAUUCCACCCUACAGGUAUCUACGGAGCUGGUUGCUUGAUCACGGAAGGUUCCCGAGGUGAGGGUGGUUACCUCCUCAACUCUGAAGGUGAGCGAUUCAUGGAGCGAUACGCGCCUACCGCGAAGGAUUUGGCCAGUCGUGACGUCGUCUCGCGAUCCAUGACCUUGGAAAUUCGUGAGGGACGAGGUGUCGGUCCUGAGAAGGAUCACAUCUACCUUCAACUAAGCCACUUGCCUGCUGAGAUCCUUGCUGAGCGUCUACCUGGUAUCUCUGAGACCGCUGCCAUCUUUUCCGGUGUCGAUGUUCGCAAGCAGCCCAUCCCCGUCCUACCGACUGUUCACUACAACAUGGGUGGUAUCCCCACGAGAUACACUGGUGAGGUUCUCACUGUUGAUGACAAGGGUAACGACAAGGUUGUUCCUGGUCUGUUCGCUUGCGGUGAAGCCGCUUGUGUCUCCGUCCACGGUGCCAACCGACUUGGUGCCAACUCUCUGCUGGAUCUUGUAGUCUUUGGACGAGCCGUUUCUCACACCAUCCGAGAUAACUUCACCCCGGGUGCUAAGCCCAAGCCUAUUAGCGCUGAUGCUGGUGCCGAGUCAAUUGAGAUCCUCGACCAGGUCCGCAACUCCGAUGGCCCCAAGAGCACAGCCGAAAUCAGACUCGCCAUGCAAAAGGCCAUGCAGACAGAUGUGAGCGUCUUCCGUACACAGGAAAGCUUAGAUGAGGGUGUGAAGAAGGUAACCGAGAUCGACGGUACCUUCUCUCAAGUCGGAAUCAAGGAUCGCAGCAUGAUCUGGAACUCAGAUCUCGUCGAGACCCUCGAGUUAAGGAACCUUCUUACUUGCGCUACCCAAACGGCCACUGCCGCCGCUAACCGAAAGGAGUCCCGUGGCGCUCACGCCCGAGAAGACUACCCUGAACGAGACGACGAGAACUGGAUGAAGCACACGCUCACCUUCCAGAAGAAGCCCCACGGAAAGGUCGAUCUCGGAUACCGACGAGUCAUCGGCACAACGCUAGAUGAGAAUGAGUGCAAGGCCGUCCCGCCGUUCAAGCGUACUUACUAA